AUGGCAUUCUCCAAUCCCUUGCUCACGGUUUUGGCCCUGGCCUUGCUCCCGGCCUCAACUUUGUCGCAGAAUGAUCCGGUGAACGACUUUUGCCGUCGAUUUGGACACCAGACAGCCGUUGUCGAUAACAAGCUCUUCAUCGAUGGUGGUCUAGUAAAUUGGAAUCCACUGUCAUCGUUUCCCGCGAACUACUCAAAUACAUGGCUUCUCUACCAGGAUCUGUCUUCGUCGACGGCUUCAGGCAUGCCACCACUUUACGCCAAUCUCUCCAAGAACGGAUCAAUUCCUAACGUUGCCGGCGGUGCCCUUUGGUCUGACAAUGUCAACAAACGGCUCUAUCUGUUUGGCGGGGAGCGCAAUGCGGGAGAAUCGCCAAUGCCCUUCAACCUAUACGGCUAUGAUAUCCUGAAUAACCAAUGGGAUUCUUUCGGCCCAUCUCGCACGGGGGCCUCGAUAUCAAAAGUCAGCUAUGGCGCAGGAGUCUCAGUCGAUACACGCGGCGAGGCUUACUACUACGGCGGAUGGUUGAGCAACGCCUCGGUUCCUGGAUGGGGUACUGGUCCACCGGUCGCGACGACUGGGUUAGUGAGAUAUACCAUGGAUACCAACAGCUUUUCCAACAACACUGGUCCUGAUAAUGUACGACGCGCCGAGGGUAGCCUGCAUUACAUCCCCGCUGGGGACGGCGGAAUGCUCAUCUACUUUGGGGGCAUACAGGAUCUGGCUGGCAAUGGAAGUUCCACGACCGGCCAGCCCAUGGACCAGAUAUUCAUAUACGAUGUCCUCAGCAGCAAAUGGUACACGCAGAAAGCUUCAGGUGAUGUUCCUGGAAUGCGACGACGAUUCUGCGCGGGCGUGACGUGGGCAGGAGACCAGUCGUCUUACAACAUCUACAUUUAUGGUGGCGCCAAUGUUCCAGGCGUGCUCGGCGCGGGAUUCGACGAUCUCUACAUCCUCUCGAUCCCGACCUUUACCUGGAUCAAGAUGUACCCCAUCGGCCGCAACGGGACAGGAGACUAUCCUCACCACUCAAUGUCCUGCAACAUCGUCCCUGGCCGUGCGCAAAUGAUCAUCUCUGGAGGCACUUUCCCGCUCUCCCAAGACUGUGAUUCACCCGGGCAAUGGGGAACUCACAAUGCGGAUCUCGGAAAACAGAAUGCUGGCAAGGUUGUCUGGGAGCUAUACAAGCCCAACAAGACAACGUACGCCGUACCGGACGAAGUCGUUGCUGUAGUAGGCGGCAACGGCAACGGCGGGGCUACAAAGACUGCACCGGCGGCUGGUUUCGACUACACUGAUGUCGGCCUCCUCAUCACGAUCACGGCCAGUAUCCCUAGCCGUACGCCGACGAGAGAUGUCGGUAGUACCAGUGCUCCAACGCCCACGGGAGGCUUAUCUACGGGUGCCAUCGUCGGUAUCGCGGUAGGAGCUGCAGUUCUGGUCGGCGCUCUCGCCAUGGGAUGUUUCUUCCUGGUCCGCAAGCGCCGGUCAGAACGCUUCCAUACCGGGGCAUCGCCUCCGGGACCAAGCCACGUGUAUCACGCCCAGAGCAUGUCAGAAGCGUGGUCACCACCCGCAGCAUCACCUUACUCACCACCAUACGGUCCUUCGCCUUUCACACCCCCUCCCCUCUCCGCCCAUCCACAGUCACCGCACCCAAUGUCACCGCAUCCAAUGUCUGCGCACACAGUACCGCCGCACAUGGGCCCGCCGGUGGAGCUGCCCUCAGAGCCGUCAUACACAACGACGCCAUCGGCUCUGGCGGGAACGACGACGCUCACAAACAUUUCGUCAACGGCGUCCUACCCGCCGCAACAGGCGUAUUUCCCCGAGACGACGACGUUGCUGAACCAGCCGCAGUACGACGCCCACGGGAACAUGUGGAUGCCGCAGGUGAGCAUGGUGCAGGUCGCUACCGGGGUGAGCCCGCCGUUGCCCGAGUACACGCCGGCGAGGGGCGAUCAGAAGACACCGCAGCCGACGGCGGCCGAGGUACGGCACGAGCCGCCGCCGCAGGAGCUGAGUGCGGACCCGGACGACCGGGCGGAGAGUUCGAGGCAGGAACAUCAGACCUACUACAACAGAUAG